ACACGACGAUAACUUCAGCUCUCAGCUCUCCCAGGAUAUGCUCAACAAUACGGACAGCGAUGACAAAUCAAUGGCGGAAUCCAAACGUCCCUUCUUCAUCGAAACGUCAUCUCCCGCUCUCGUGGGCUCCUCCAGCCUCUCGUUCACGGGCGGGGGCGGACCCAGACUCACUUCCACGCCCAGAGGAGCCCUCAGCACCACCCUCGCCCAUCACAUCACCCGCCACGGCCCCAUCAAGGGCGCCUCCCCUUACAGCGUCAAUCCUUUCACCUCACAGCCGCAUCUUCUGCACAAGGGCGUGACGCUGACCCUCCGUGACCUCGUGCCCCCGCCCCCUCCCAACCCCCCACCUGAUUCCCACCGGCACCGUGAGUUCUUCAGGACAAACACCUUGGAGGAACUCCCGUACGCGUGCUACUCCGCGACGCGCGUGGCCUCCCCCCGCCCCUCCCGCACCGCCAGCCUCGAGGGGGGCGGCUCCCCGUACGGCGGCUCGACGAACACGUACCAGAGCAUCGAGGGCCUCACCGACGCCAUGCGCCGCGACGACGAGGGCAGUCGCGCGAGUCGCUGCAGCCACUCGCGGUCGGUGCGAGCCUCGGGCGGCUCGCUCUACUCGCUCUCCCGCCCGUGCUGCCACGAGUCCACCCGCGUCGCGCCCUUCGACGCCGGCGCCCCCGUCAUGCCCACGCACUCGUACCGCCCCAACUUCUACGGCUGGAGCUCGCCGCCGGGCUCCCCCGCGCUCGAGGACAGCCGCAUGGGUCCGCGGCGCCAGAUCUCCCUCGAGAGCGACGCUCUGCUGCGGACGGACGCCAGCCAGGUGUACGGCGGCGGCUCCGUCCGCUCCGACGGCGACUACUGGUGCAGCCGCGAUGCCGGCAGCGUCUACGGCGGGUCGACGCGGUCGGCGGGCGGCGAGACGGGAGGAGAGGCCGGCGGCGAGGGCGGCGGCGGAGGCUCGAGGACAGGCCAGGCGGGAACUUCGCCCGACUCGAGCGCGGUGGACGGCGCCCCGAGCGACGCGGUGUCCUGCGGCUCCUGCGAGGACACGGACGCCUCCUUCUACGCCACGUGCGACAAGCAGACCAAGCUAUAA